AUGGCAGAUAUCCGGAAUACCUCACGGAAAUUUAAGCGGACGUCAAACGCAUGCAUUGCGUGCCGUACGAGCAAAAUCAAAUGCACCGGUGAAGAGCCAUGCGCCAACUGUCAGCGCAGGCGUGUCGAGUGUCGUUUUGUAGAAGGUGUGAACAAAGUCAUUGUCACUGAGAGAUAUCUGCGAGAGCUACAGGGUAGAGCUAGCAAGCGCCAAGGGCAGGAUGCGGAUAUCCAGCCGGACAGACAGUCGAUCAAGCGGACCUCAGCAUCGGCCUUCGGGUCGGAUGCAGAUAUUGAUGCUUCUCCGUCUGCAGAAAACCCGACACAACUGUAUACGGCAAGGACGAUAUGGACAAGCCCAUUUACGCUCCCAUCGCGAGUGAUAAAGAAGAAUGAUGGUACCAAGCGCAAAUGGAGUACGUCUCUCAUCCCCAAUACUGAUCCCUUCUUCAACAUGAUUAACACGAUGAAACUAUCAGCCUGGCUCGCUGCGACCUCAACGUGGUCAUUCACAGAGCGGCUGAAACUCAUGAUUGCCGAGAAACUCCAGAUUGUAUCGCACUGCAGCGCGCCAGAUUUAUUUGACGGCGACCUGUACCCGAUCCACUGGACUCCCAUGUCGGUGAAUGAGCACCCUGACGUCAGCAAUCUUCCGUCAAUGGACUAUGCACUCUACCUGUUUAAUACCGUCAAGUUUCAUCUGGGCCAUAACUUCCGUCUUCUCGAUGAAGCCAACUUUGUGCAUCAUACCCAGCAGUUCUACCGUGGAGAUGCGGCAAAGGAAGCAAGUAAUAACCGGUUAUGGUUCGUUCAGUUUCUACUAGUCCUUGCGUUUGGGAAUGCAUUCCUUUUGCCCAUGGGCUAUCGUUCAAGUGGCGACAACAAAGAGCCACCAGGGGCAAAGUUCUUUGUGCGGGCUGUGAGUCUAAUGCCUGAUCCGACAACGUUGUCCCGCAGCGGUUUCGUGGCCAUUGAAGUGCUCGCGUUGACAGGGCUGUAUCUGUAUUGCAUCGAUCAUCGAUCGUCAGCAUACUCUUAUAUUGGGCACGCCAUUCGUAUAGCACAAAUGGACGGUAUGCAUACUCAACUCCCUGAAGAUGAGCUCGGAGCGGAGACUGUCGCCCGGUCGCGGGAUCUUUGGUGGACCCUUUACGUCCUGGACCGGCAUAUCUCAUCAUCAGUUGGUGCGUCCAUGACUCUCCAGGAUAGUGAUAUCACCACCCUCCUCGACCCACCUGGGACAACAACGCAGAGCAAUGCCACGCUUGGCCUUUUACUGGGGACGUUCCUCGAAACCACCCGAUCGAUCUUACAAGUCCUUGCGAGCCAAGCCCAAGACAUCGAGGGCAUCAUUGAAGUGAAUUUCCAGAAUUCAGUAGACGCCAUGUCGAAAGGGACGAGGCAUGUCACCCUGCUAUAUCACCAGUGUGUGAUAGUAGCCACACGCCCCUUGCUGCUAUCGGUUCUAAAAGAGCGACUGGACCGGCUGGGUCACGGACCGGAAGAUUGGCAGAGCAUUGUGGCCCCUACCGAUGGUCUGAUCCGGGCGGGUAUCAAGUCAGCAAUCAAAACGCUGCAGAUACUCAUGGAUGAAGACAAUCUUCUAGACGUUUUCCUUCCCUUCGACAUGGAAUUUACCUACGGCGCAGCAAUGCACAUUGCCAUGGCUGGUGCCGUCUUUCCCAACGUUACGGAGGGCGAAAAUCAAAAUUGCAUGAACGACGCACACUUGAUUCUUGACCAAAUGAUCCAGCGUGGAAACAAACUCGCCGCAGCGCGCAAGUCCGAACUUGUCCAGCUCGAAAAGCUCUUCCGGGAAGUAGCAGAGCGGAUCGAGAGGCGGGGACUUGAGACACUUACUCUGCCCACUUCUUUGGCUGCGGUGCCACCGCAGUCUGAGCUAGGCUCGGAUUAUCUGAUUGCGGGCCGUGUCGAGCGCUCCCAGGAGCCGGGAGAUUUGGCAGCUUGUCCAGUACCAUUAACUUCGGUGCCAGGGUCUCCGUCUGUCCUGGCUCAAGCUUCUAGCCUCGGCUUUCUGGACAGUAUCGGGAUUUCCUCGUACGAGUUUUUCUCGCUGGUAAAUCAGAUUGGGCAGACGGAGGGGUGUAGCGUUUUAGAUCCAGGAGUGCCACAAUGGGAUGGAUGA